AUGUGGAUGCUCCUCUUUGUGUGUGGCCCGUUGGGGGUGUUGGGCUCAAAGGAAAUCCUCACCGGAGACCCCCGCCAGCUUCAGACUCUCCACUGCCCGCCCUGCGAGCGGGUCCACUGCUCAUCCAGACGGGCCCUGAGGCUCCAGUGCAAAGGCGGCGUGACGACAGGCGUCUGCGGCUGCUGCCCCGUGUGUGCCAGGACAGAGGGGGACACCUGUGGGGGGACGUGGGACUACCUGGGGAAGUGCGACGAGGGGCUGGUGUGCGUUUAUCAGGAAUCAGACGCUGACAAACCAGAAGCGGAGCGGAAAGGGAUCUGCAAGAGCGUGAUUGAAGCACUGGAUCCGGAGAGCUGUGAGCCAACGUGCACCAAGGAUUUCUGUCAGGCCAACCCCUCUGCCAUCUGCUCAGCCAGGUCCGUCUCUCUGGAGCAGAAAGCGUGCCGGGGCUCCUGUCAGCACACCUCCUGCUCCAGCUGUCUCCUCCUGAGACGGCCCUCCUGCCAUCACACCUGCGGGGCGUCUGAUUCCACCUGCCUGCAGCACUUUGGGAGGUGUGUGCACAAUCACCUGAGAGAGCUGUCACUUCCUGUCUGCAGCAGCGACCUGCAGGUGGGAACGCACCCAGAAGAACCGCUCAAACACGUUCUCCGUGCUGCGAUACUAAAAUGA